UCAUUCGACAGGCAAGCAGGGUAGAGCGAAGACUUGAUUUAAAUCGUUUUAUUUAUUUUCUCAACCACAUUUCAUUGUGAAAUUUGAUUUAUUUUUGUGUCGUAUUGGCGUUGGUAAUUUAUUAAUAUGGACAGUCAGGAUGAGAGGAGAGAUCGUCUCGCCGGCGGGGACAGGGCUGGCACAGUAAAUGGACACACGUAGCGACCACGUAGUAGCGGUCAAGAAGAGACCGUUCAAUCCAACCUGUAUCGACCGGGAUGCGGCAUUCCCUGGUCAUCUCAAUUGUGAAACCCGACCAUUGACAGGAAAGACGAUCAAAAUAUCAGACACAGACCUCGCAACUAUUGCUGCCUUGCACAACGAGAUCCGGACCCAUGUAUCUCCCCCAGCGGCAGACAUGCGGCUUAUGAAGGAGAACCCUGGCCUAAGUAGCACUGCGGACAGAUGGGUACGCCGAUGCACGGCCGACAGUACUUGGUAUCAGCGAACGUCGCCAGGUGGAUACAUUCUUGGCCAAAAUCAUCUGUACAGCAAAUCAUUCAUUAACUGGACAGAUGUCGUGAAAACAUGGGAGCAGGAAAAGAAGAAUUUCGCUUACGGCUCACCGGGAAAUAACGCGUCACUGGUUGGAAAUUACACACAGAUGAUUUGGGGUGAAACCUCAUCUGUUGGAUGUAGCGCUGCAAAUUGUGGUACUUUCUUCAUCUACAUCUGCCUGUAUGCUACCAUCCCUAACCCCCAGCCAUUAGAUCAGCCAUACAAAGAGUCUGUGUCAAACUCAUCGUGCGACGACUGUCCGGGCCACUGCAAUGCAAGCACCCACCUCUGUGACUACGGUGGAUUGAUAUGCCUCAGCGGGUCUAAGUUGAACAUGACUACAUACACAUGUGAUUGCGUGUCAACCGUGUUGCCAGGAACAUACAGUGGCAGUGAAUGCUCGUUAAACUGCGUUGGAACCAAUGACAUCGAUUCAGAAUGUUCAAGGUCACUACGUGGCACGUGCUACACGAACAUGCACACGAUGUUCCGUUGCCCUUGGAUGUGUAACGUCUGUCCGUACUCGGGUUCAAGUUGGAACGUCACUGUUAUAUCACGGAUGCCAUGGGAGAAUGGUCUUCCGUUGUGCACAACAACGACGCUCGCAACAACUCUGCGCAUUGGCAGCAGCGGCUCGUCUACUUCCUUUCCAGCGCAGCACAACAGUGCACCUACUGCAAUGUCACGACCAUACGCUAUGGGGACAUGUUCCACUGUUUGCUUCAUUAGUCAUGUCUUUUUGUAACACGCGGUGACACGUGGA